ACGUCGGCAUGCGUAGACGCGCCAAGCCCGAUUCCAAACACGUCAUCUUGGCGGCCUUCCAAGCGUGCGAGGAUGCGAAACUAUGGCAGAUGCUUCUCUGUCUCUGACCACCCCAGACGAUCGACCUCCGCAAUACCUCCAGAUAACACAUUCCGUCAUCAGUCAGUCUUGAAUGACACGAUUUCCAUCUUACAUCAAUGCACUCUCAAGUGUCAAUAAGGUUUCCCACAGCGUCGUGCCGGCACUUUCGAGGGACUGGACGUCUUAGCUCGUUCACGACAUCCAUGAGGAAUUUUAUGUAUAUGCGCCUCUUCCGUUCCUAUCGCCCCUACAGGGAUGUUCCCAGCUUUUACCAAAAGUUGAAAGCUUAUCCGGAACUGUAUGCCAAAUACAAGGAGGCGCACGGCAUGUCCAAGGAAUUGUAUGCCAGGGUGAAAGCAUCUCCUGAACUAAUCAAAUCGUACAACGAAUGGCACCGAGCAUCUAUGGCUAUUUACAUGGCCAGUAUUGACGCUGAGACCGCCAUGAAAAACAGAGCCAGGGCGCUAGCUUCUCACCAUCUGAACAAACAUAACGACAGAGUGAUCAAAUGGAGGCGGAUAAACAACUGGUGUUUCAGGGAAGGAGACGCUUCUUCUUGGAUUCGCGAGAUGCUACCCUGGAAACACUUUCGUCCUAUUCGGGCAAAAGAGCCAAUCGAGUGUCAAUGUGCGAGUUGCUUGAAUUGGUUCAAAAGAAGAAAUUGGUACGUUCACUGGAUUACAGUUGCUGCGACUCAAGGUCAGCCAAGUACUUUGUGGGUUUACCUCAACACAUUGUUGUACAUAUCAGAAUCCAGAGCGUUGUCCUGUAUCGUUCGAACAGACCAUGACCUAUAGUCUCUUCAAGCAUCGUACUAACUCAAGUUGUCAACCACAGGUGGGUCCAGGAAUCCAAAACGCCCGUAAGCGAGAAGUUCGUCUGCAAUGGCUGUUGUACCCGAGCAAAAUGGGAAGAUUUCAUGCCAGAAGGUUACGAAGAUGCUAGAACAAUGAAGGAAAUCCGCGCACGUUAUGAGCAAUUGAGCAAGGAGAGACCCAAGACUUCAAAGCUUGCUGGGGACAAAGCUAUAUGAAUGAACAAGACAUGCUUCUUGCCAGACCAUUUUCACGCGACAGCCCGUCUGCCAAGCCUGGGGCGUUCCAUCUUGUGUC